CCUCCAGAUGGUGGAUGGGGUUGGAUCGUAGUUUUAGGAUCAUUUCUUUGUAAUGUUAUUGUGGAUGGUGUUUGCUUAUCGUUUGGUGUAGCAGCAACUGAAUUAAGCUCUGAAUUUGAAGCUCCUCUGUCAACAGUCACUUUAAUUGGUUCUCUUUUGGCUGGCAGCUAUUUAACUGUUGGUCCAGUUGUCAGUGCACUAGCAGCACGCUAUGGUUGUCGUAGAGUUACUAUAGUGGGAAGUAUUGUUGCUGCAACAGCUUUUAUUCUUAGCACUCAGUCAACAAGUAUCGAGAUGCUUAUAAUUACAUAUGGUUUAUUCGGAGGAAUUGGAUUUGGAAUGAUAUAUUUACCUUCAAUUGUAACUGUUGGGUAUUGGUUUGAAACUAAACGUGCAUUUGCUACUGGUUUAGUUGUAUGUGGAUCAGGAAUUGGUACUUUUGUUUUUGCUCCUUUUGCGAGAUACUUAUUGGAUGAGUAUGGCUGGAGAGGAACAAAUUUAAUCAUGGCAGGAAUGAUUUUGAAUUGUGCUGUGUGUGGUGCUUUAUUCCGUCCUCUGGAAAAAAAAAUGUGCAAAAGAACAAAACGUGUUCUUCCUAAUGCAGCAGUAUCAACUUUAAGUCGUUCUAGUCUUCAGCGGGUCAAUAGUCAUUAUAUUCAAUCAAGACGUUCUUUAUCUUUUGGCAGUCGUGUUACAAAUCCAGCUACUAUUAUCAGUGGUAGUGUUAUGAGCAUUCCUCAAUACAGUGCAAGCAUACAAAGUCUGGAUUCAGAGACCUACAUGGAACGAUCCACACAAUCUAAAGUGUGUCAAGUACUUAAAGAGAUGUUUGACUUUCAUUUACUCAAGAGUCCUAUGUUUACGCUGUUGGUAAUUUCAAGUGUAAUGACAAUGCUAGGUUAUUUUGUUCCAUAUUUUUACCUGACAAAGAAAGCAGCUGAAGUAGGUGUAAAUGAGGAGCAACAAGCCUUAUUGGUAGCUAUAAUAGGAAUUACAAAUACUGUUGGACGGGUCAUUAGUGGAUGGAUAGCUGAUAGACCUUGGGCUGAUUCUCUAUAUCUGAACAAUGGAGCUCUUAUAUUAGCUGGAGUUGCUACACUGUGCUGUCCAUUUUGUAAUGAUUUUAGUUCAUUAGCUAUAUAUGCUUCAUUGUUUGGAUUAUCAAUGGCCUUUUUUGUCUCAUUAAGAUCAAUCUUGCUUGUUGAUCUGUUAGGAUUAAGUAUGCUGACAAAAUCCUUUGGUAUUUUGAUCCUAUUUCAAGGAGUAGCAUCAAUGGUUGGAUCUCCUCUAGCAGGCAAGUUAGAAGAUGCAACAGCAAGUGUUGAUGGUACAUUCUAUUUAACAGGUGCCUUGAUUCUGGCUUCUGCAUUAAUGAGUGUACCAUUAAGAUAUAUCAAAAAGUGGGAGGAA